AUGUACUGUACAGCAGUUUUCAUAGCUUGGAAGAACAGAUGCAAGCUAGUUCACGGGAAGAGUGAAGAAUAUGUCUUCUUUAUGGCUGCUAAUACCGUCUCCUUAGCUACAAUUAGCAACUUUAUCGUUACUCAUCCGGAAAACUGGGAUACUAAUCAGCUCAAGCUAUUUUCAUCUUGGUGUCUCCCUCCAACCGGUUGGAUAAAGAUAAAUAUUGAUGCUUCAUUAAAAAGCAAUUACUUGGCUGUUAUUGGAGGUAUCAUAAAAGAUAAUAAAGGCGGAUUUCUAUUAGCUUUUGGUCAUCAUUAUCUACAUUGGGACAUUGCUCAUGUGGAACUUUUGGCGAUUUAUUACUUGAAGAAUAUCUUGAAAGAAUGGAUGCUUGAAGCUCAAGGAGUAAUCAUAGAAGGAGACAACAGCAAUAUUAUCAAAGAACUUCAAGUUAAUUUGAAGAAUUGGAAGAAACAUGGAAGGAUAAAAAAGGAACUUGCUUUUAUUCAAGACUUCAACCAGAUUUCUUCUGAGAAGAUCUGUUAA